AUACAGCAAAGUGAACUAUAAACUAAAAAUAUGGAUGAAGAAGACGAAGACGAAUCUAGGCUCACCGUCAGAUUUCUGAGUUUGUCUCCAGCACUGGGCGGUGGGGGGCGCUGUUUCUAACCGGAGCAGGAAGUAGCCCUGUCACUAACUUCCGGUUAGCAUGGUUAGCCGUUUCCCAGAGAGUUUCCAGGUGUGUUGUGAGUCUGCGCAGCAACAAUGUGUUCCGUUGAGCCUCUGAGAGAGUUUAUCAGAGAGAGACUAACUGCUGCUGCUGAAGAAAUCUUCACCCAGCUGGAAAAAACCAUCGUCCAGUACGAGGAGGAGAUCGACCGGCAGCGGAGACUGCUGGACCUCACCUGGAGACCCCGAACCGAGCCGAACCCCGCAGGCCUCCAGCAGCAUUGUCUCUGCAGUCAGAAGGACGUUUCCAUCCAGAACCAGGAGAGGAUCUCUGGACCGGAACCUCUGAAUGAGGAACCAGAACCUCUGCAGAUCAAGGAGGAGCCAGAUGAUGAGUGCAGCAGCCCGGAUGAGGUGCAGGUCGUCCUGAAGGAGGAGGCUGAUGCCAGUGAGGAACCGGACCUCGUUGAUUUGAAUCCAACCAGAGCCCAGAACCUCCCUGGAGUCAUUCUGGAGGCUGAAGAACAGGAAGGAACCAACAGGAACAAAGAGCGGCAUCCAGGUAGGGAGGCUAGAACUCCCAAAACGAAUCAGAACCAGCACUUCUGUAAAACCUGCUCUAAGGGUUUCAGCCAGAAGCGCUAUCUGACCAAACACAUGAGGGUCCACGCCGCAGAGACGCCCCUCACCUGCCCCACCUGCAGCAAGAGCCUGAAGAACCAGCUGAGCCUGACAGUCCACCUGAGGAGCCACUCAGGUGAGAAACCGUUUCCCUGUGCUGCCUGCGGGAGGCGCUUCGCCCACCAGCUCAGCCUGAGUCUCCACCAGAGGGUCCACUCAGGUGAGAGGCCAUACAGGUGCCAGGUGUGUGGAAGGAGCUUCCUGAGCAGCAGCAACCUGACGUGUCACCUGAGGACGCACACAGGGGAGAAACCCUUCCAGUGUCUCACCUGUGGGAAGUGCUUCAGCCAGAGGGACAACCUCAAGAGACAUGCGAAGAUCCACCGUGGAGAGAAGCCUUUCUGCUGUCCCACCUGUGAGAAGAGCUUCUACCAGAAAGGUCAGCUGACGGCCCACCUGAGGACUCACAGCAGCGACCGGCCGUUCCGCUGCGCCGUCUGUGAGAGGGGCUUCUGCGACAGCCACGAUCUGUCCACUCACAUGAGGACCCAUACGGGUGAGAAGCCCUUUGAAUGUCUGACCUGUGGAAAGCGAUUCAGUCAGAGAGGGAAUCUAACCAUUCACCUGAGGACACACACAGGUGAGAAGCCCUUUGAAUGUCUGACCUGUGGAAAGAGUUUCUGCCAGAGGGGCAACCUGACGGCCCACCUGAGCACCCACAGCAGCGCCAGACCCCACGCUUGUGAUGUCUGUGGCAAGGGCUUCAGCGAACACUGCGACCUGUCCACUCACAUGAGGACCCACACAGGUGAGAAACCCUUCCAGUGCCUCACCUGUGAAAAGAGCUUCAACAAUAAGUUCAACCUGAUCGCCCACAUGAGGACGCACACUGGAGAGAGACCCUUUCAGUGUGGGACCUGCGGGAAGAGCUUCUGUCAGAGAGGGAAUCUGAACGUUCACAUGAGGACACACACAGGCGAGAAGCCGUUCCUAUGUCUCUCCUGUGGAAAGCGCUUCCAGAGGAAAGGUAACUUAAUGGCUCACAUGACCACACACAGCUAGCCGAGGACUUUAGUAUCUCCUUGAACACUCUGCUCCGCCUGGAGGCGUCUUCUUCAGCAACACCUGGAGGUGAAAUGACUGACUGGACUGAUCUAUAGGUGGGUCUCCAGGACCUCAGCAUGUUCCCAUGUCUCUGUGGUUCAGAGAUGGACUAAUUGUCAGGUUCGGGGGUCUGAAAAGUUUUUUCUUGUAGCUCUCUGGGUGCCUAUAAUCCAUAAAUAACAAGAUAUACUGAUAUAUGAAGAAUUGAUUUCUCCUGUUUCAGCAUCUUUAGUAUAAAAAGUUUUUUUUUUGUAUAAUUGUAUUUGGAGUAAUUUCAAGGUUGCUUUAUCUAGCUGUUAGCUUCCUUUUAGCUCCAGCUUGUUAGCUUCCCGUUAGCAUCAGCUAACUGAUAGCAUCCUGUUAGCUUCAGCUUGUUGGUUUUUUGUUAGCUUAAACUAACUGUUAGCUUCCUGUCUGAAUUAAUUAAAGUAGUCUUCUUAACAGAGACAAACAGUUAUAAUAUAAACUUUUAGAGGGUUUUAUUUAGUUCAUACGUCGUUGGAAUCUGUUUCCUGCUUCCAGUCAAUUCAUCUCCUUGUCCCAAAUGUCCUGACUCGAGUCCCAAAUAACAAACUGGAAUUACUUUUGAAGCGAUGAUCAGUUCAGUAAAACUGAAAGUGU